UCCUGUAAAGUUUACUUUCGAUUUCGUUCCACCAACUUCCGGGUUAGAACUCAUGCACAUCAUCUGGAGAACCACUGUUUAAUCGUACGGAUUUAUGAAGGGCAUUCACACUGACUCCAUGGAUCCGCUGGAUUUUCUAUCUCAGGAGGAGCUGAAGAAGUUUUUUCACUGUAAGAAGACUGAGAUCUCUUGUAUGAAUGAACCGCACACCUUCCUCAACCAGCUCCGAGACCACGACCUGGUACCUGAGGAUCUCUACAAGAAGGUCAUAAAUAUGAGAAGUAAGGAGAGAAGGAAGAAAGGUGUGUAUGACAUUUUGGAGUGGGUGGAGCAGAAGAAAGGACAGCGUGUGAAGAAGUUCUGGUGGUGUGUGUUUCAGGAGCACAUCCUGCAGAAUUAUCCUGUUUUCCGCUUUCUCCGAAACAGCCUUCUUGAUGGAUCCUACAAGAGUUAUCUGACGCUCCCUGAUACGGAGGACGAGAGCGACGAUGAGACAGAGCCGGUGCAGAAAGAAGAAGAGAAAGUAAAGGGAAGGAAAGGAAGCAGAAAGAGAAAGAAAAGUGACGAAGGGACUGAGGAGGAGGAGGAGGAACCAGGACCUUCAUCUUUCUCCACCCCUAGCAAAAAGAAAGCGGCGAGAAAGCCCACGUUCUGCUCACCAUUAAAAAGAGGACAGAAGGCUGAAAUUUGGACGUGGGAUCUGUAUAAAACGACCCUCCCUGUUACUUGUGGUAAUAAAGAUGCCACGCUGCAUCGGGACAAGUUAGCCAGAGGGUUGAAGAGUAUUCUGUACGAGGCUAAGUGGUUCACACCAAAUGAGUUUGAGAAGCUUGCAGGAAAAGGAAGCUCCAAGAACUGGAAGUUGUCCAUCCGCUGCCAAAAAACCCCACUGCAAAAACUUAUAGCGGAGGGUCAUCUGCAGUGUCCACGCAUGAAGAGACGAUGCGUUCGGAAGAGUCAGAGAGAGUUGUUUCCCAGCAGUUCCUCUGAAAGCUCCUCCAGCCCUGUUUCAUUCUCAUCCUUAGUAUCUUUACGGAUGGACGAAUCAAGCGAAGACCAGGAGGAGGAAGGAGAAGAAGACAGAGAACGAGGAGCAGACCAGGCGGCAGAAGAAGAGGAGGAUGAAGAUGAUGGAGAAGAUCUGACCGAGUUUCAGGCUGCGGUUUUACCAGUCAGCUGUGGUUCCAUCACUGGGGAGCUGUAUAAAAAUAGAUUUACAGGUGGGUCACGCAGUAAGAGCAUCCGCACAGAGGAGCGCUGGUUCACUCCUGAGGACUUUGUAAAGCAGGAGUUAACUCUGACAGACAGACACUGGAAGAAAGAUAUACUGUGUCACGGAAAAACCCUCGACUACCUGGUGAAGAAGAAGGUCCUGCAUAUCCACUCUGUGUCGUGCAAAUGUGAUUGUUGUGAUCCUACUGACCCGCUGGCUCAGAAUAACGACGACGUCUGCUUCAUUUGUGACUCUGACGGAGAUGAUGACGGAGAGCUGGUGUGCUGUGACGAGUGUCCACGAGCUUUCCAUAAGGACUGUCACUUACCACCUUACCACAACGACUCUAACGGGGAUAAAUGGAUGUGUACUUUCUGCAUUUGGAAGAUUAACCAGCGAAUGUGGAGAGACAUGAGUCUGGAACAAGCUUUGAAAAGUCCUAUAAACCAAAACAUUAUGCGCUGUGAGUAUUUGCUGUUGUGUUUGUAUAAGGAGGACGUGAGCCGUGUGUUUACUAAAGAGCCCUUAACAACCGUGUCGGGAUACAGCAGUGUGAGGUCUAAUCCCAUAUGGCUGGAUAAAGUCAAGGACAAACUGCAAAGAAAAUUGUACACCACAGUGGGAGAGUUUGUAGAUGACAUCAGGCUCGUCUUCCAAAACUGGCAAACUUUUAACCGGGAUGAAGAUGUUAGCAUGUUGGGAACCAGACUGAGCGAGCUCUUUGAGCAGAAGUUCCACACCUGCUUUAAGAUCCAGUAGAGAGUCUCCUGUUUCACCGAACUGCACCUGAUCGUUCUGUUUACAAUCAAAACACAAAGAAUCGUCAACGGAAUUUCAAAGAUUAUGGUGUCAUAAAAUACAAGAGCCAAUCAGAUUCGCGUAUGCAGAUUUGGAGAGAAUGCAGAUGUUUUGUGUAGAGGAACAUCUCCAAUUUGGGUUCCUGGGAUGAUUUAAAGGUGCGGUGCACGAUCUCUGAAAGCCAAUGUUGACAUUUGAAAUCACCUAACCAAACACGCCCCUAACCCAGAUGGGUGUCACCUCUGUUUUGAUAGCUCCGCCCCCGCACAUACAUACAU